AUGACAGAAUUUUUUUACUUUAUUGGGCAAAGGAAAAUCUCAACAGAAAUCAAAACUGAACUUGUAGACAAAAAAUUUAUGGAGCUGUACUGCAUGAGGAAAACUGCUGGGUGAAAACAUGUAGCGAUGUUCAUGAGGGUAGGUGCAGAAAUAUGGCGAAUGAAUCUCUUUUUGGAUGAAGAAUAAUCCUUCUAGAGUCAGACUUUGUAGAAAAUGUAGACCAUAAGAUUAUAUACAUGUGUGAUACACUGAGCUGAUUCAGCCGUGGUUCCCCUCGUCUUCCACUACUUAAUUUGAAAGGACGAGAUGGAAUCUGAUAUUGUCAGCUGUGCUUUUGA